AGUUUCUUAAGCUGUGCAGGUUCAAAUGUCAACAGAGUUGUAAAUGUUUCUGAAUUGUCUUUAUCGUAGGAGUCAAAGUUUAAAGAAACUGGAGUCAUCACUCCUGAAGAAUUUGUAGCAGCUGGAGACCACUUAGUUCAUCACUGUCCUACUUGGCAAUGGGCUUCAGGAGAAGAGUUAAAGGUCAAGGCUUAUCUGCCAACAGACAAACAGUUUUUGGUAACUAAAAAUGUGCCAUGCUACAAGCGGUGUAAACAGAUGGAGUAUUCAGAUGAACUGGAAGCAAUUAUAGAAGAAGAUGAUGGUGAUGGGGGAUGGGUAGAUACAUUUCACCAUGCAGGUAUUGGAGGCGUGACAGAAGCAGUUAAGGAGAUCACACUGGAAAGCAAGGAGAAUAUAAAACUACCAGAACAUCCAGACUCCUGUGAGGAUGAUGAAGAUGGUGAAGGAGAAGCAGCUGACAUGGAAGAAUAUGAAGAGAGUGGUCUAUUGGAGACAGAUGAUGCAACUCUCGACACACGAAAAAUAGCAGAAGCUAGCAAACCUAAAGCUGAUGUUGGAGGAGAAGAUGCCAUCCUGCAGACCAGAACUUAUGACCUCUAUAUCACUUAUGACAAAUACUACCAGACUCCAAGGCUGUGGUUAUUUGGAUAUGAUGAGCAACGGCAGCCUUUAACAGUGGACCACAUGUAUGAAGAUAUUAGUCAAGAUCAUGUCAAGAAAACAGUAACAAUUGAAAAUCAUCCCCAUCUUCCUCCACCGCCCAUGUGUUCAGUUCAUCCAUGCAGGCAUGCCGAAGUGAUGAAGAAAAUAAUUGAAACAGUUGCAGAAGGUGGGGGAGAACUUGGAGUUCAUAUGUACCUUCUUAUUUUCUUGAAAUUUGUACAAGCAGUCAUUCCAACAAUAGAAUAUGACUACACAAGACACUUUACAAUGUAAUUAGAAAUCACAAAUGUCAAUGCUAAUUACUGGUUGAUUUUUAAAAAAAAGUGUAACUUGUUUGUUCAGCAUUGUACUCCAUUUCUGUAACUCAACUUUUAUCAAGUUAAUGCAUCAAAAUAAAAAGUUCCACUACCAGCCUUACUUUUUAAUAAAUACCUGUGUUAAAAUAAACCACUUUUCAUUCC